UUACCUGUUCCCACCCAUAUUUAACAAAUCACAUCUAAAUUGACACUGACGCAGAACCCGUCAAAUGACAGUGAAUAGUUAAUAUUUUCCAUAGCUUUAGAUGGGUAUGGGUGUUUAAAAUUCUUCCCGUUUUAGUGUUACCUUUACAGUUCGGCAGGCUAUGAACACAGAUAAAAAUUUCGCAAGAAGAAUGGUUGUAAGCAAGUAUAACAACAGACCCCCUUUUGACCUGAAAAAACCAGUACAGUCCUACGAGAUCCAGGAUAAAAUCCGGAACUAUCCGGAGGAAGCUUGUAAAAACUGUUGCAGGAAUCGCAGUACUGAAAAAUCCAUUAUUGAGUUUGCUGUAAGACGUCCCAAGUCACCAUCUCCUGAACAAGACAAUAAAUCCAAAAACUCCUCAUUAACCACUAUUAUAAUUCCAAAAAUAAUUGAAAACUUCAAAAAAAUCACUCCAACCAGCAGCCAGGUGGAAACUCCUAUAAUGAAACAAAAGAACACUUCCUCAGUUCAAACGUUAUACAGAAAUAAAAAAGCUUGCCGUUUGGGUAAGAACAUUCCCAAGCAUAAAUUAAUGAAAAGUCUUCUUAAUAACCUUGAGGAUAGAAGUAAUCCUGGACGAACCAGAUUCAGAAGAAAUGCCUCUGAUUCCGAUGAAGGUGUAAAACUCACUUCUGAAGAAUCCUUUCAAUCAAGUAAUAAGGCAUCACCAGACAACUCAUCCACAUACUGCAACAUACCUGGCAAAGUCAAUAGGAAAACCAGCACCUCAGAGCUGCUGUGGCCACUAAAGUCCAAAGAAAUGCUUCAUUAUGCUUCCCAAAGAAAUUUAUUACUAAAACCAAAAAACUGCAGCACGAUCCAAGAAGAAGGGAGAAAAUCAAAUUCAUUCUCUUCCGAGAGCUUUUUAAAAGAGGCGCCCACCAAAGAUGUUACUAUAGAACCGACAAAAAGAACGCAAAAGUCAUUUGUGAAACCAAAAGGGAAAACUUUUGUGCAAUCUCAAGUGGAGAAGUUGGAUAAGGUGCUGAGAGUACCUCCUAAGCCACCUCAGGCCACGCAAUUUUUAGGCAAAGUUAAAUCUGGUAAUUAUCAGAGUCGUGUGGAAAAAAGUGGUCAAGCAUAUGCGAGAAAAAACGAGAUCACAUGCGGUUAUAUGAAAAUAAUGGAUCGGGUGAAGAACAAUUGCCCCCAUAUCAAAGAGCCUGUAAAGUAUUCAAACUUUGCGAGUGAUCACAGCUGGUCAGAUUCAAGCCCAGAAUCGGAUCCGGAAUUAGUAAGGUUUCCAAGGGAAACCAGAACGGCAAUGGGACAAUGUCUCCGCGACCAAAGGCAGCCAGUUCCAUUAUCCAAAUACUCCAAUAUUUCCCAUAACAAUUUCGCUCCGGCAAUUCCUAGAUAUAGCCAAUACGUUGACCCAAAUAACUACAAUCACGCAGAUCCCGAUUCUAGUUUUUACUAUAACCAAGAGGCUCAGGUAAGACGGACUACCUCAUUAAAAGUCAGGGAAUCGAAAAAGACUGUUCCGGGACGUAGCAGUAGAGUUAAGUUGCCAUGUAAGAAGAAUUUGCUUUGUGAUCAGGGUGAGACGCAUGACGGGCCAUGCGGUUAUACUCGUAGCAGCCAUAAUAGAGUUAUUUAUUAAAAGAAA